CGUAGUUAUCCUAAAACAAGCCUUACCGAUGGCAAUCACAUUUUCCAGUACAAAUCUAUCCAAAACAACGUAGUUAUUCUAAAAAAGUACAACUUGCCACCACUGCUACGCGCCGAAGCUGCAGCUAGCAACUAGCGGCAACCAAAACAAUCCCACAGAGACGGAUAGAUGAGAUGAAACAGUCGUGAUAAGAUUGAAUCGCGGAAAAAGCUAAAGCUUUCAAUUUGUUCCAUCCGUUUCUCUUCAAACUCAAUCGGCUUCUUCCAGUUCGUCUUUUCAAUGCGAAAUCUGAGGAGAAUUCGACCCCUGAGGAAAUGAGUGAGAAAAAGCAGAGAUUUCUUACCGUUGCACCUUUUAAAUGUACAUGGAAUGAGGAUUUAAGAUUCAGGGAGGCAGGGCGUGGAUGUAUUGCAUUUGAAGCUUUUGCUCAAAAUGAUGUCACUUUGGUGUUUAGGGAGCAAGUUGGAAGCCAUAAUUACCAUUACAAGAUGGAUAAUAGCCCCAAUUACACUAUCAUAUUGGGUAGUCAUCGCAAUCGCAGGUUGAAAAUUGAAGUGAAUGGUCAGACCGUUGUUGACAUUGCUGGUGUUGGUUUGUGUUGUUCUUCAUCAUUUCAGAGCUACUGGAUCAGUAUAUAUGAUGGACUGAUCAGUAUCGGCGAAGGGAGAUAUCCAUUCCAGAACAUGGUUGGUCAGUGGCUUGAUUCAAAGCCAAACUUUAGUGUUCAGUAUAUUGGAUUAAGCAGUUGGGACAAGCAUGUAGGAUAUAAAAAUAUCACUAUAUUGCCCUUGACUCAACAUCACACUAGUCUUUGGAGCCAAGUUGGCUGCAAAGAGUAUCAAGUUGAGAGUGGUAAGGAGUUUGCAAUCCUUGACAUUAAUAAUGAUGGACUUGGUAAAUGGGAACUUCCGAAUUUUUUGGAGAGCUGGGACUUUUCUGAUGUAAUGUUUAUUGUUGGUGCUGAAAGAAAGAUUGUUCCCGCUCAUAAAGUUAUUUUGAAUGCAUAUGGUGACUUCUCUACCAAUUCUUCUAGUGAGAAUGUCAUUAACCUUCCUGCAACAACAUAUCCAGUCCUCCAUGCACUUUUGGAAUAUAUUUAUAGUGGUCAGACCAAGGUUGUGGAGUCACAAUUUGAUUCUCUGCGGGAUCUGAGUGUGCAGUUUCAGGUUCUCUCGUUGAUUAAACGAUGCAAUGAAAUUUCUGACCGUUUUAAGACUGAAAGGAAAUUGUUUGAUUCUGGCAUGAAAGUAGAAAUAUUGAGUAGUACUUGUGAAGUUCAGCAGUCUGGCCUCUUCCCACUUGAAGAGCCUGCUGUCGUAGGUAAGCUUAAGCGAUUCCUCUCAAAUGGCGAGCAUAGCGAUGUAAACAUUUAUGUUGAAGGACAUGGUCUUGUUGCUCGGUCGCACAAACUGAUUCUUAGUAUGUGGAGCACUCCGUUUGCAAAGAUGUUUACAGGUGGAAUGGUUGAGAGCAAAUCUGCAGAUGUUACGUUUAGAGAUGUGUCUUCAGAAGCCUUUUCAGCUAUGCUACACUUCAUGUACAGUGGAGAACUUGAGAUCGAGAAGGAUAAGAUGGAUUCUUUGUUAAUUCCAUUAAUCCUGUUAGCUGACCAAUUUGAGAUCAUAUUCCUCCAACAAGAAUGUUGUAAAUGCCUUUUGGAAUGUAUAUCAGAGGAUACUGUCUGUCCCAUUUUAGUUGCAAUUGCAUCACUUCCUUCUUGUAAAGUGGUUGAAGAAACAUGCAAGAGGAAAAUUUCAAUGCAUUUUGAUUAUUGCACCACUGCGAGUACCGACUUUGUCCAGUUAGAUGAGGCUACUUUCAGGGACAUCCUUCAGCAUGUAGAUAUGACUGUAACAUCUGAAGAGAAAGUUCUAGACGCAAUUUUAAUGUGGUCCAUGCAAGCCUCUGAAAUUUGUGGUUGGCUUGCAGUGGAUGAACUUUUGAAUUCUUUGACACCAGAAGAGCUUUUUGGAAACCGGCUUCCAUCAUUUGACAAUCUAUUGCCUCUUGUAAGGUUUCCUUUAAUGCCAUCCCAUUUACUUGAGAAGCUGGAGAAGAGCAAACUGGGCGAUCAUAUAUUAAUAUUUGGCCAACUUGUGAAAGAAGCUGUUCAGCAUUGUAGUGCAGGAUCGAAAUUGAUAGGAAAAGAUCAAAAUCUAAGGUGUCAGCAUAGGCGCUCAAGUUUCAAAGAGCUCCAGUAUAUGUGUGAUGGCGAUAAUAAUGGAGUUAUAUACUUUUCUGGGACAUCAUAUGGGGAACAUCAAUGGAUAAAUCCUGUUCUGUCCAAGAAAAUUGCAGUGACUGCAAGUAGUCCUACUUGCAGAUACACUGAUCCUAAGGCAUUAGUAUCAAGGCUUUACCAGCAUACAUCUUUUGCUGGACCUCGGAUUGAAGAUGGCCGCAGCUGGACAUGGUGGAUGGUUGAUGUUGGUCAAGAUCACCAGCUUAUGUGCAACUAUUACACCUUCAGGCAUGAUGGCUCCACAAAUUUUCCGCGGUCGUGGGCCUUCCAGGGUUCCAUGGAUGGAGAGAACUGGACCAAUCUUCGAGUUCAUGAGAAUGAUCAUACAGUCUGCAGACCAGGUCAGUUUGCUUCAUGGCCUGUGCUUGGCCCCAACUCACUUCUCCCCUUCAGGUUCUUCAGAAUCAUUCUAGCAGCCCCAACAAGUGGUGAAUCCAAUAACUGGAACCUCUGCAUCUGCUUCAUUGAGCUCUAUGGCUACUUCCACUGAACUGAAUGGGGACCAAUUGCUUCUCAAAGUUUUGCAGAUUUGCAAUUUGUUGCAAAUCAUACAAAAAAUAUUCAAUAACUGUCACAAUGAUCUGUGCUUGGUUUUUGUUGAAUGUUCUUCCAUGAUGACCAGAAAUGUGGUGCCAGGGCAAGAGGUUUUGAAGUUUUUCACCUUGCCUUAAUAGAACUAGAUAAAUUCAUGUCAAUUUCUUUCUUUUUUUUUUCAAACCCAAUAAUUAUUCAGUUUGUAUGAUAUUUAUUUUAUCA